CAGAAGGGAGAUUGUAAUGUAGAAAUAUUUCUAAUCUGAAGGACACUUUACAGCUACCAUGAUCUCCCCGGGCGACGAUGCUUCUUCUUGCAUUUGAGCUCUCUGAGUUUGCACUGAAAUCCGAGCAGCGCAAGUGGGAGCAGCGGAAGCAGCAGCAGCAGCAGCAGCGGUGGUGGUGGUGGUGGUGUUGGUGGUGCUCAUCCAAUGCGAAAGUGCUAAGGAUAGCUGCAGCCUACACACACUGCGAGCCUGCUGCUGCUUCUUCACUCACUCUGAUCACCACCGAGGGAGACAUCACUAUCAGCAAGGGGGCAGCAGGAGGCACGAUCAGCCGUCAGCAAUGUAAAGCUCACACAGGAUCAUCAUGACAACAUCUAUCAGGUGAAAAGGUGAACUGCAGCAAAAAACAACCUGAACUAAGAGGCGCCUUUGUAACAGCAAACACCACAUCUCUCCUCCUGAUCACCCAUAAUCAUGGCAAAUGCUGAGGAAGUGGAGCAGGCAGGUCUGUCAGAUUUGGAGAUCAUCUCACAGCCGGUGGAGGAUGAGAACCAGUGCUUGGCUCCUCCGGUCCAGCUGGUGAGUUUUGGCUACAGAGAUUUGCCCCUCGCUGCUCUGGACCUCUCGCUGGCUGGCUCGCAGCUCCUCUCCAACGCAGAUGAAGAUGAAAACAGGGAAGGGUCCAACUGGCUGAAGCCGUGCUGCGGUCGUCGUGUGGCCCUGUGGCAGGUCUGUCUGCUCAGCGCUGGCUUUAACUGUAUCCUGGUGGCCUGCGUCAUCCUGGUGGUACUCUUCCUGUCCCUGGAGCUGCUCAUAGACACCAAACUCCUACAAUUUUCCAAUGCUUUCCAAUUUGCCAGCAUCAUCCACUGGAUCAGCCUUAUCAUCCUUUCACUUUUCUUCUCAGAGACCGUCUUCAGGAUUGUAGUGCUGGGGAUCUGGGACUACAUCGAGAACAAAGUAGAGGUGUUUGAUGGCGCUGUCAUCGUGCUGUCCCUGGCCCCCAUGGUGGCCUCCACGGUGGCCAAUGGGCCCAGCAGUCCCUGGGAUGCCAUCAGCCUCAUCAUCACUCUUCGCAUCUGGAGGGUCAAGAGGAUCAUUGAUGCUUAUGUGCUGCAAGUAAAAGUUGAGAUGGAGUUGGAGAUCCAGCAGUGUGAGAAGACCAAGGCUGUGAGGGAGGAGCAGCUGGAGCGCCUCACUCAGAUCUGCCAGGAACAGGCUUUUGAGAUCAGGCAGCUGAGGGCUCAUCUGGCCCAACAGGACCUGGACCUCGCAGCAGAGCGUGAAGCAGCCAUGCAAAUCCAUCACGUAUGGGGCAAACAGGGGAGGAGUUUUAAAGUUGUAGAGGGCGCGACUCCAGGGGAGUCUGAUGAUGAGGGCAGCCAAAGGAACCCCAGGGAGCCUCAUGCAACUGCAGAUCCAGUUGUGCGUGAUGACAUGAACAACUACAUAAGCCAAUACUACAGUGAAGCAAGCAGUGAUGCUGGAGCUUCUGGGUUAGGCACCAGGGUCAUCACCACAGCAGCCAUUGACGUUCACCUCCCCACUAACCCAAACCCCACCCAGUCCAAUCCGAUGCUUGCAAUGGAGCGGGUAGGCAGCGCCGUGAGUGACGCCUCAACCAGCAUAUCACGGUCGAGUGGUAGCCUGACGGCCCGUCCACACAGCCUGAGCAGCCACACGCCGGGCUCAUCAAUGACAGACUGCACCAGCAGCACAGCUCAUGACCUCAGUCUGAGCUACAGCUCCCAUCGCUGCUGCCCUCCAUCCUUUCCAGUCCAGGACCCCUGCAGGGACCCCAGUGUUGUGGUGCAGGAGCUCCUCUCCUCCCUCUCUGAGGACUCCUGCCUCGCUCAGAAGGGCCUGGCUGUGGACCCUGUGAACCUUAAACUUCCAAGUCCGACUGGCUCGGAAAAAGCCAGUCCUGAGCUGGAGAACAGAAUAAAUAUCUUUAACCGCAGGAACCAGGAGGAGAGACGAGGUCGGGGGAGAGGCUGUGUGCUGCUGCAGACUAAACCACUGAUCCACCUGCAGGGCAGCAGCACUGAGCCCUCACUGGAGGAGAAGUACCGGCUCCUGGGACCAGCUGACACACCUCUCGGGCACAUGCCUGAUACAUAAGCUACAUUCACACAGAAACUAAAGUAUAUUUUUUACUGCCAUCCUGUUUGGCUUUUAUCUGAACCCUUGUGGCAGGUUACCCUCUUUAGAGGGAUAAUAGCAUAAGAUUUACAAGUUGGAUUUUUCCCUACGCUUUGUAAAUCCAAUCUUAGCCAAUCCAGAACAAGCUUGAGCCUUUAGCUUCCAGCUAACACUGAUGCUCCUUAACUUGACACGCUCAGAAGUCAAUAGUAGGAAUGAUAAAGGAUAAAGGACUCCUAGGCCUUUUGCCAUACUGUCCAACUUCCCCUGUUCCUUCUCGAUGGAUUUUUGAAUCACAGAUGCCCUGACAGAGCACAACAAAGACUAAAAUGUCCCUGUUAGAGGGGGUCUUAUGUGUUUUUGGGCACAUUCUUCAGGAAUUUUCACUUUGAAUAGGUCCUAAAAGCACUGAACUUUAUAUGAAUUAAAACCAGCAAAGGUGGGGCCAUUCAAGCCUUUAUUCAUCAAAAACUUUUCAACAGUGUUGCAC